CGGAGCCUCUCUUUCCACUGACGCCCUUCUCCUUCCUGUGUUGCCUACCUGGUUCUCUGUCCAUCAACCUGGCAAACCAGCACCGCCUCCAGUCAUGACAAAUGGGGUCUUGAGGGCCUGUACACGCUGUCACGCGAAGAAGAUCAAGUGUGAUGGGACUUUGAAUUGCAAGAAUUGUUCCGAUGCUGGCGCACCUUGUGAGCCAUAUACCAGGCUUAGACGAAUCGAAUUACACAAAGACACACAGGCAAGGUUGACCUGGCUUGAGGACGAAUUAGCCUCAAUUUUUAAUGUCGAUUGCCAUCUUGUCAAGACCGGGACGCCAUUGGAACCGCUUAUCAAAAAUUCAAACACGAACAGUGCGGCGUUUCACUGCCCAGCGGCUCAAGGUGAUGGGCAAGAGCAAACUCCAGAGAUCAUUGCUCCGGCGAUCCAUCAUACUGAGCAGCAAAAUGAUGGCGCUGGCCAUAAUUCUCUAAACAUGGACGCGCCUGAAACAGGAUUGCUCGCUCUCAACGCUACGGGCGAGUUGCGCUAUCUAGGCCCGUCCUCUGGCUCGUUCUUUGCCACCUACGCGGCAUCAUUGGCUCGAUCAUGUGUGCCGAGCCAGAAUGUUCGAAGUCAUGCUUCAAGUACCACGGAUAAUCAGAUUAGUCCCGAGAGAACGGCCACUGUGGCCAACGUACAUCACAUACUUUCUUCUGAAGCGAUUCGACUUCUGACUCACUCCUUUCGGAUCUGGACGUUACCGCUUUACCCGCUCUUCAGCUACAAAGAUCUCGACAGUCUCGUCGCGAGAUGCGGGAGCCUGCAGACGACUCCUCGAACAGAAAACACAGAACAAAGCCGUGAUCUUAUUAUCUUUUAUCUAGUCAUGGCGUUAGGAUCUAUAAACGCCUCCAACACCAUUAGACAGCGCUCGGAUGCAUUAUCAAAACCGACUCACACCGUUCCAUCGGCCAGUCUUCUCUAUGCAAAAGCACUCGAGCUGUUCGAACACGAUGUACAACACCUCCGUCCCAGCGUAUCCUUGAUUCAGAUACUCCUGUUGAUUUCUAUAUAUAGCUCUUACGGGCCGAGCGGUUUCAGUCAAUGGCAGUUGGCAGGCUUAGCAAUGCGGAUGACUCUGGAACUUGGCCUCCAUUGUUUCCAUCAUAAGUGGCAAAUGCCAGAUCAUGACAGCGACAGGCGGAAUCGUGUAUUUUGGACAGUGUACAUUAUCGAGAUUUCGCUGGCCUACAACCUCGGAAGACCACCAAGCAUAGUAAACGAUCACAUCACUGCACCUCUGCCAGCCUCUACGGACGAGAGCGUCCUCGCCCUGCACCAUGUCAGACACAGGCAGAUCCAGAACAAAGUCAUAGCCUCAGUCUACUGUACAAAUCCGCCCAAAUCACUUUCUUCGGAAGAUGGAGCUCGCAUUAUUCAGGACCUACAGGCAGAGUUGGAUGAUUGGAGGACGCGACUUGGGCAGCUAUGCCAACAGGAACAAAGAUCUGCUUAUCCGCUCUGCUAUUGGGAAAGAUUGUAUCACGGGACCUCGUUUGUGUUGCAUCGGUCUAGUCCUUUGUGUCCGCGACCUUCUUCAGAAUCUGCUGCACGCUGUAUCCGUUCGGCCGGAACUUAUGUCGACAAUUUGCUGACCGUGUUACGCACCAGUAACGUCCCAUUGACAUGGAUGCUUGUUCAAGGUGUCCUUUUUGCCGGUCUGACGAUGCUUGUGACUGCAAGAACAACAGCCUCGGAACUAGUUCAACGCCUUGAUGCGACCCUUUGGUUGGCAGACUUUGCCAACUGGACGAGGAAAUGCUCUAUGUGCAUAGCAAUAAUGAACGAGCGAUGGAGUGAAGAUUUGCUAUCGAGGCUGGAUGCACAGUUCGAGGCACUGGCGAGCGAUACACUCACGAUGGUUGCAGCGAGCCUCACGAGCAGGAAUGAAAGCGCAGGGGCUCUCGAAACAUGUGUGCCAAUAUCGGAUCCCACUACCAAUAUGGCGGCACCCACGUCGGAAGCAAUAAGUCCUCCAGCUUGGCCUGGUGACGCAAGCCCUACUUAUAUGGACUUGCCAAUGUCCACCGAUCUGGGCUCGCUGGAUCCCUUCGGCGACCUCCUGGGCUUUGACAACGGCCAAGCGUUUUGGAACUUCUUCCCCUCUCAGUCUGGCUUCGAUGUUCUAGAUGCAUUGGUCUCUGAGCAGUCCCAAAGGCAGGACUUUCACGCGCAUAUACAUUCCGAGCCUCAGACUUGGGCCGACAUGCUUCCAUAAUCACGAUUUUUGAACGUGCUCAAUUUGCCCAAAGACGUCAAAUCGAUCGGUCAAGAACUAGUUGGAAAGAUUGUCUCCUAUCGGCUUCCUGGUUUCAGCGGGGUUAUACCGGGAUGGCUUUCAGCUUCGCAACGGCCGCCUGGAUCAUUGAUAUGGCAUCGUCCAAGAGCGGCAACUCGAUGCGAGACUCGGGGUCCAAAGCCUUGUUAAGCAGUCCAUAUCCAUUCGCGUACCGGUCCUCUUUGCUCUGGAAAUACAAGUAACUUGUUGCCAUUCUCAGGCGAUAGCGUCCUCCAGAUAGCCCGCGAUCAUCCUCUCCAAAAGCAGAGCCUGGCAAAGUCGCGAUGCCGAACUCUUGGAUCAACCAGCGAGACAGGUCAAGACUUGUUUUCACGCCCAAUUGCUCUAGCUGGGCCGUGUAGGGAUGGAAUGACGGAUAUAGAUAGAAGCUUCCCUUCGGCUCGGCAAUUGCAAGGCCGGAUUCCCGCAGGGCAUGAAACAGUGUUGUUGUACAACGCCGAUGCAGCUCCACGACUUGUUUGCGGUAGAGAUCCAUUUCCGGUGAUGUCGAAAAGGCGACGGCUGCGGCCUCCUGCGCCGGCGCGGAUGCUGCAGACCAACAUUCGGACGCAUACGCAAGGAUGCUUUGCUGGACGGUGGCGCCGAAUUCAUUGUCGGGGAAGAUUGCAAAGCCUAUUCUCCAUCCCCCAGCGGAGUAUGUCUAACAGCGAGCACGCAUUGUGGUCAGCAGAAUGGACUGGGGAAAUUAGGGCGCGAAGCUCACCUUCGACAGUCCUCCUGUCAAUAUCUUUCUUCCUUCGUUGAAGGCGGCACCUGAACAUGCACUAGCAGAGUACUCGCUGUUGAAACAGAUGUCGGCG